AUGACACAGAGCCCGUAUCUUAUCGACGACACAUCUCACUCUACGGAGUCUGAACUAUGGGAAUACGCUCUAACACCCGGGUACUUCGGCGGCCGUACGCUACGCGAUCUAUCUCAAGCCCCUCUCCGUCUAGCUUACUGGAGACUGGAAUCGAGCAAACUAGUAGAGCUGGCUCUAAGUCUCUCAGAUUCAUUCAGCAACUCUGAGUGGGAAGAAGGAAGAGCCUACCAGGAGGACCCGCCAACCCGUAUCCACCACCAUUUAGAGUGGCGAGUGACAAUCAACAAUCGGGAGGUGUCACAGGACACGGAAGAAAACCUUACGCUGGACCCUAGCUCCUUUUGA